GACAUAUUGGAUAUGCAAAUGCCUUCAAAAUGCACAGAAUUGGGUUGAAAAAGCAGCACCUCCAACCAGCCAAGCUUGAUCCCGCUGAUUUAUAGCCCAAGUCGGACCAAGAACAAGGUUUUCACAGUUCGCUAUGGUUUUUCAAAAGUUGCUUUCCAUUGACACCUAAUCCUGAUCUGGAUCUUUUUUGAAACUUUGUAUCAUUUUACGCUAUUUCUUCAGAUUUACAAUCAGUUCAACCCUCGCAAAGCAGUAAAUCAACUGUCAGUUGGAAACAACUGCUUUUUUUAGUAAAAUAAGUUAUUUUUACUUUAUUCCUGCAUCAGGUUUACAAACCAUUGGAAAUGUUAAUACCUUCAAAGUUAGCAGAACUGGGUUGAAAUGGCAGCCACUCCAACCAGCACAUUAAAGCUUGACCCUGUUGAUUAAUGGGCAGAUUUCUCUUUCAUUUAGUGCAUCAGUGAAGAACUAUCUUCCAAGACCAAGACUGUGAAACAGGUCCCUUUGGUUUUCAAGAGUGGUAUUUUUAUUGAAAAAGUUUGGUCUGGACUUUUUUUUGAAACUUUGUAAAAUUUAGAACUGUUCCUUCAGAUUUACAAUCAAUCAGAGAAGAAUCAUUUGCAGAGACCAAGAUCGUGAAACAGCUCUCUUCAGUCUUCAACAGUUGCAUUUCCUUUUCAAAGAAGACCUAGUGUAUAUAUAUAUACUUUUUUGGCCCUCUGUACCAUUUAACGCUUAUCCUUCAGAUUUCCAAUCAAUACAACCCUAGCAAAGCAGUGUGAAUCAAACUGUCAACUGGGAGCAAUUAGCUUUUUAGUAGAGUAAUUUCUUUUUACUUUGUUCCUGGGUCAAGUUUACAAAAUACUGGAAAUGCAAAUGCCUUCAAAGGGUUGAAAAACAACCGCUCCAACCAGUCCUACAAAGCUCGACCUGCAACUUCAAGAGUCCUUCAAACCCAAGUGCAACAGAGUGGACAACAUUGCUGUGAGUGAGUGCAUGCGGUGGUGGCCCUCAGCAUGGUGUUGCCACCACCGGACAAGCGGCAUGUGUGUCUUACCACCAUUGUCAUCAUGACCAGCAUGGCCUUCAUGGACGCCUACCUGGUGGAGCAGAAUCAGGGACCACGAAAGAUCGGCGUCUGCAUCAUUGUACUUGUUGGGGACAUCUGCUUUCUUAUCGUCCUUCGCUAUGUGGCAGUUUGGGUUGGAGCAGAAGUGCGGACGGCUCGACGAGGAUACGCCAUGAUCCUUUGGUUCCUCUAUAUCUUUGUGCUGGAGAUCAAACUUUACUUUGUCUUCCAGAACUGUAAAGCUGAUCGCAAGAGUCUGGAGACUGUCGCCCGGAAGGCUUUGACUUUAUUGUUAUCUAUUUGUGUGCCAGGCCUCUAUCUAGUUCUGGUGGCUCUGGACAGCAUGGAAUAUGUCCGUACCUUUCGGAGGAAAGAAGACAUGAGGGGUCGGCUUUUCUGGGUGGCUCUGGAUUUGCUGGACCUGCUGGAUAUGCAGGCAAAUCUUUGGGAGCCACAGCGGACUGGUUUGCCCAUUUGGGCGGAAGGUUUGAUGUUCUUCUACUGCUACAUUUUGCUUCUGAUUCUUCCCUGUGUGUCCCUGAGCGAGAUCAGCGUGCAAGGUGACCACGUGUCGCCCCAGAAGAUGAUGCUCUAUCCUCUUCUCAGUCUGGUCACCAUUAACAUCGUCACCAUCCUCAUACGUGGCGUCAACAUGGUGGUCUUCCAGGACAGCCGGGUUUCCACCAUCUUCGUUGGCAAGAAUGUGGUGGCCAUCGCGACCAAGGCAUGCACCUUUCUCGAGUACCGGAAACAGUCGCAUGAAUUCCCAAAUCGAGAGAACACAACCGGAAUUCCCAUGGAAGUCCAGCAGAACUCGGUGGGACAUGGACAAGCUCUUCCUAAUGCCACAAGCCUUCCACAUGAACCCACUUCAGCACGGGAGAUGAUGGAUACAUGACCAAGGAACCAAAAUGAAGGAUCUUGUUUGACUUGGAGCCAACAAUAAGCAUUCAAACCACCAGAUAAGAACUGAUUAACUGUUUUGGGGUCCAGCAUCAUGAAGUGCUGCAUCCUGUUGUGAACUGAAGUAAAUCAAGCAAAUAUGAGCUGUUGUAAAAAAUAAAAUAAAUAAAAACAAUGUUUUAUAAUUCGUUCACCACAGUUGGACGAACAACCACAAUGAACAACCAAGCUGUUUUCUUUCUGUACAGUAGCAAACGGACUGUGGUGCAAAAUACUUGUUUGAGAGACCAAACUGUUUCCAUCCACUUUUUUUGUGUGUGUGACUUCCUGUUGCUGAGGUGCAUCAGAUAUUUUCCUCUCUUGCAAGUAAUGAAUGCGGGAAUGGAAAAAGUGUGCAAUGAAUUUAUCAAUAAGGGAGCUAGUUAGGUCAGGUUGAUGUUUAGACCAAAUGUUGGGGAGUAGUCCUACAUGCCUGCAGUAUGUGUUUGCACUUGUGUAUUAUGAUGUGUUGACAUUUAAAGAAAUGAGAAUGAGAGGAAAAAGAAAGAAAUUUGUGUGCGAUGACCUUUAUGGAAUUGUUUAGGAAAAAGUCAGUGAAUGCACUACCACUUGGUUGGUAUAUUGAUUAUUAUUGCUAUCAUUGUUAUUAUAAUUAUUAUAUAUACCACUUGUGUAUUUGCUUUUUUACACUUUUGUUUGAGGAUUCAGUGGUAUUUAAUAAUAAAAAAUA